ACUGAUAAUAGAAUGACCAAGCCGUUCGAUUAUUCGGCAAUUUUGUUGUAAUUUCAGUUUUUCUCAACUUGCUUUUGUUCAAAUUUGAUACUUGUCAACAUGUUCCGUAACCAAUACGAUAAUGAUGUUACUGUAUGGAGUCCUCAGGGACGUCUUCAUCAAGUGGAAUAUGCCAUGGAAGCCGUUAAACAAGGCUCUGCAACUGUCGGUUUGAAAAACAGCACUCAUGCAGUUUUGGUUGCUUUGAAAAGAGCAUCUUCUGAAUUAUCUGCCCAUCAGAAAAAGAUAAUCGUCAUCGAUGAUCAUUGUGGAAUUGCUAUUGCUGGAUUAACGGCUGAUGCAAGAUUAUUGAGCAAGUACAUGCGAACGGAGUGCUUGACAAACCGAUUCACCCGAGAUGCUCCCUUGCCUAUCAACAGAUUAGUAAGUCGUAUGGGUAACAAAAUGCAGUCCUGUACCCAACGAUAUGAUCGUAGACCAUAUGGAGUAGGGCUUCUAGUUGCAGGGUAUGAUGAUUUGGGUCCUCAUAUUUACCAAACCUGUCCAUCAGCUAAUUACUUUGAUUGCAAAGCCAUGGCCAUAGGUGCAAGAUCUCAGUCUGCUAGAACCUACUUAGAGAAGUAUCUAGAUUCAUUCAAGAGCUGUGAUUUGGAGGAAUUAGUAAAGCAUGGUUUGAGAGCCUUAAGGGAAUGUUUGCCUAAUGAAGUUGAACUGAAUUCAAAAAAUGCUUCACUUGCUAUUGUUGGAAAAGAUAUGAAAUUCACAUUAUUUGAAGAUGAGCGUAUUGAGCCAUAUUUGAAAGCUAUUGAAGGCGAUGAAAGGCCUCGACGUGGUGGAGCUUCUGCUUCUGGUGAUUCUUCAAUGCCUGAUGACAAACCUGAUGGUAGAGGUCCUCCUGAACGACCUGAACCUCAAGUUGCAGUAGAAUCCAUGGCUAUUGACUGAACUGAAUUUUCUUCUGAUUUCAAUAAUAAUGUGUGAGUUAUGUCCAGGAAAUUGUAACUCAUGUUGGAAUGUCUGUUUCAAAUUUAUUCUAUUAUGAUUUUCAUUAAAGUGCUUUUUUAAUAA